CCCCUCCCCGCCCCUCGCCCACGCAGGCCGGAGCCGCGGCCUCCCCAGCGAGUGGUCGGGGGCGCGGGCGCAGGGGCAGCGGGGUCGCCGCCGCGCCGGGUGUUGCGGAGGGGUGUGGCGGGCUCCGAGAGGCCCGGCAGCGGCUCGCAGAGCAGCCUCCAGCCGCAGCCGCGCAGAGCUGCCAGAGUGGAGCACACUGCUUCUCCCAGGGGGGCAGGACGGCGGGUUCGCGUCUGGUUGGAGGAGGCCUUGUCCCCGCGAAGAGUUCCAUCCCCAGGCCGUAGCAGAGGGCACGUAUCCCUGCCCCAGGCCAGGUCAGUAUGGGCUCCAUGGGCCCACCUCACCCCUCACUGCUGCUGGUCUUCGCCCGGGCGUCUUGCCUCUUCCUCCUCUUCUGCCUGUGCCUGGGAGACUCCUGCCCACAGCCCUGCCAGUGCCCUGACCACGUGGGGUCCGUGGCUGUAGACUGUAGCUUUCGGGGCCUGCAGGAGGUCCCCCAGGACAUCCCCACCGACACCGUGCUCCUGAAGCUCCACGCCAACCAGAUCUCCCACCUCCCAGAUGGGGCCUUCCAGCACCUGCACCGGCUCAGGGAGCUGGAUCUGUCCCGCAACGCCAUCGAGGCCAUUGGCCCCUCCACCUUCACGGGCCUGGCUGGGGGCCUGCGGCUGCUGGACCUGUCCUUCAACCGUAUCCAGCGGAUCCCCAAGGAUGCCCUGGGCAAGCUCGGCGCCAAGAUACGCCUGUCCCACAACCCCCUGCACUGUGAGUGUGCCCUGCAGGAGGCCCUGUGGGAGCUGAAGCUGGACCCAGACUCUGUGGACGAGAUCACCUGCCACACCUCGGUGCAGGAGAAGUUCGUGGGGAAGCCUCUGGUUCAGGCUCUGGACGCAGGUGCCAGCCUCUGCAGUGUCCCCCAUAGGACCACCGACGUGGCCAUGCUGGUCACCAUGUUCGGCUGGUUCACCAUGGUCAUCACCUAUGUCGUGUACUAUGUGCGCCACAACCAGGAGGAUGCCCGCCGGCACCUGGAGUACCUGAAGUCUCUGCCCAGCGCGCCCGCCUCCAAGGACCCCCUCGGCCUGGGGCCCUAGUGUCUGUUCCAGCAGACCCUCGCCGGUGACUGAUGCUGCUUCUGCUGUCCCCCGAGGCAGGUGUCACAGACAUGUAUGCUGUGCCCCACCCCCGCACUCGGGUGCAGCAGCACAUUCAGGCAGGGAGGUUUUGCCACCAGAUCCGCUCGACGGAUGAGGAACCUGAAGCUUAGAGAAACGGAGUGACUGCCCGUGACGACACCGUCAGGAGAUGAUCCCAGUGGGACUUCAGCCUGGGCUGUCCAUGGUGGCAGUCCUCUUUCCUUCUACCGUGGCAGCCUCUGCCACCUGGGGCCGCAGGCUGUGGAUAUGCACUCAGAGGAGGAAGGGCACACUCCACAGCGUGAGGGCUCACGAGAGGGGGCUUGGGUGCAGGUUCACCUGCUGAAGGCGCUGAUAAGUCCUGUGCUGGGGAGCUGGCUUGCCCUCUUUGCCUACAGAGUGCAUUGUGGGUAAACAUGAGCCCUGUCAGUAUGUUCCGAGUACAUUGGAACAUGAGCCCUGUUUCAGGAGCAAAGUAGCAGAGACCAGGUUUUUCUAGAGAGCUAAGUGGGAUGUGCUGCUCACACUGUCCUUUAUUCUCACAACGUUUGUUUUCAGUAACUCUAGUGCCAAAAUUUCAUUCCAGUGAUGGGGUGAGCAGUACCGAGAGAGACCUGUGGGAAGUCCAGGGUCGAUCGCCCAGGGGCAGGCAGCAGCCACACAUGCGGGCCCUGCCUGCUUCCUGCCCCUCCGGCUGUGCCUGUUGUGGGAAGCCCUGCCCUGGCGUGAUCUCGGCUCACUGCAGCCUCCACCUCCCGGACUCAAUCACUUCUGCCUCAGCCUCCCCAGUAGCUGGGAUUAUGGGCAUGCACCACCACACCCAGCUAACUUUUGUAGUUUUAGUAGAGACAGGGUUUCACCACGUUGGCCAGGCCAGUCUCGAACUCCUGGCCUCAAGUGAUACUCCCGCCUUGGCCUCCCAAAGUGCUGGGAUUACAGGUGUGAGCCACCGCGCCUGGCCCUGUGCCUUGCUUUUCUACUCACUGAGAUCUAAAACAGCUCUUUUUCCAAGGCCAGGAGUACUGGUGUUUGAUGUUUCAAGGCCAGUCAAUGGGAUGCUUCAGUUUCUCUAGCAACAGGACCUCUCUCUUUUCACCUUUGCUGCCAGGAAUCUCAGAGAUAAUUUAGUGCUCGGUUUUCUUACCUUACUUCACAUUCAGGUUAGGUAUUACCUCCACCUAUAUGACAGUAAUUCCUGAUUUUAUUUUUAUUGUCUUUUUAAUGAGUGUUUAUAUUUUAAAGUACUUUCAGUAUUUUUGGGGGGAGCAAAUGAGUUCUCAGUGUACACUGUGUUGACGGAAAUGUGUGAAUGUAGAGAUGUUUCACCAAGCAGAUGCUUAAAAAUG